GAGGAUGUUUUAGAUGGAUACAUAUGCAGUGCAUUCAUGGAUUACUUUGGAAUGGAAAAACUGGAGUCCGACCCCAGGCAGAAUAAGCCUCCCCCUCUCUUAUCAACAUGGUCAAAUGAAGACAAACUUAGGUGGCUUCAAUCCAUUGGAAGACACAUUCUGGAAGUCUACAUCAAGAAAGGUACUAGUUUUUUAGAAACUAAUGAAAUGGAAGAAAUGGACAACCAAAGUUCCCAAAUGCAGGCGUGCUACAAUGCAGCAGAGAAAGUGUACAUGUGUGAAUGUAGCAAAAGUUACAAAACUCUGGGCCAUUUUAAGAGGCAUUUACAAAGUAUCCACAACUGGACUUUUUCCCAAGAAGGUGAAACUACCACUUGUACCAAGGACGGUGUUGCAGAAGCCAGAGCAUCAUUCAUGAAAUGUUCAUUAAUUCUUCGUGACACGUAUGAUGCCUAUCAAAUGGCAGACGGCAAUCGAAUAUUCCGCAACGCAAAGUUUGAAAUGCUACUUGCAGAUGCAUUCCAUCACACAAAAUAUAGAUUGUGGCUUUGGAGAUUUCUUGCUUACGAAAAUGCACUACUUUCCCCCCGUCAAGCCUUCGAGUACAAAUGGAAUUGUUGUUCUAACACAAAUGGGGGAAUUGGUAGAAAUGUGCCAAAUGAUUUACUAGUGGAGAUGAAUGUUAAUGCCAUAAAGCAGAAGUUACGGUCUCAAGGUGCUAAUGUGACAUAUGACAGUGCUAGAGUUAUUGCAGUUUCAAGCCAAGUACAAGAUGACAUUAAACAAAACAUCAUCCGACAAUGUGGAUCCCAUUUUGGAUCUGCAAGACCACCCGUCAGCAAAGUGAUGGACAUCGCUUUAAUUAUACAAGAGGCAGAAAAGGGGCAGCUCAUGAAAACAAUAUUAGGUCGUGAAGGAGUUUUUGCAAACUUUGUAGAUCCAUUUCAAAGAGUUGUUCCUACAGCAUUCCACAAAUGGAUAAGUGCACAAAAACAAAGAGCUAAAUUCGAACUUAUUUGAACCUUGGGACACUUU